UCCCUCUCUUUCUCUUUCUCUUUCUCUCUCUAAUUAUUUCUUUUGUUUCUCUCUCAUUUUACGUCUUGCCAUCGAUCCUGAUAGUUGAGGCCUCUCUCUCAUUUUCCUUCUCCCCCUCCUCCUCCUCCUCCUCCUCCUCGUUCAUUGCGUAUCUCUGCCUCUUUCUCCCUCUAACUCUUGGUCUCUCUUAUCUUCCCUUCUCUGAUUCCAUGGAACCCUCCAUCUCUGAUUUUUCAAAUUCCUCUGGCUCUGAGGCCAAACCAGUUUCCAUUGAUGGAAACCAAUCGACCCCAAUGUUAACAAUCAGGCUCAAGGUGGGCAAGAAAACAGACUCUCAAUGUGAAUUCAGUGCCCCCGAAUCAGUUGCUUCUCAAUUUGAUCAGCUCGCUGGAGUUUUAGGCCUUUAUAGCUGCAAGCUAUGCAACCUGAAGUUCGGCUCUAAGCGAUAUCUCGGAGCUCAAGUUAAAGCCCAUGCAUCCAAUUAUGGUUUCACUGACAGUGAUAAGAUAGGUUUGAAAGAUGAGCACGAGAGGAGAAAGGAUGGUUGCAGAGGAGAAAGAAAGAGCACAACAAUAGAGAAAACAACAAAGCAUACCCAACAAGAACCAGUGUGUGCUACGUGCACUAAGAAAUUUCCCUCGAUGAAGGCUGUGUUUGGCCAUAUGACGUGCCACCCAAAGAGAGAUUGGAGAGGGAUUCAGCCACCGGAAAAGCCUGUACUCGCCCGAAAGAAUGAGAGGAACCUGCAGGUCAAAUAUUCCAGCAAUGGCGCACAGAUGAAUUCUGUGGAAAGUUUGUCAUACCAUACCAAUAGCACCAUAACAGAAGAGAGCUCGAAAGAACAUUAUCCUCUCUCUCCCCUCUCAAAUUGGUUGGUCACUGGAUCUGGAGCAAGAAAGAACAAAAUUGCCAGGUCCGAAAGUAAAGAUUUGCAGAGACAGAGAUUUGAGGGAGUUUCAAAAAGCAUCAAACAAACUGUGCAUCACUUACCCAUUCUUUCUCAAUCUCAAGGAAAUUUGGAGGAACUGGGUUUCUUGGAAAAACAAGAAACUGACAAGGAAAGCCUGGAAUCGGAUCCCAAAAAGAGUGAAAUCCUCCAUGAAAGCUUCUUAGUUUGCCGUCGUGGCCAAUGGAAGAAGAAGACGGAGGUGAAGAGGGAGGCGAGAGCUACUGAGGCAGCUGCUAAUUCUGGCACACCCCAAGAAGGUGAAAACAUUUCAAACUGCCAUGAUUCAAAGAAGAGGAAGCUUUUCAUUGGAGUCUCUGCCGCUAAUAACUCUGAGGAGGAAGAAGUAUCACAAGAGGAUGUUGAAGUUUCUGGAAUUGGGUCUGAGAUUUCAAUGGCCUUCUUGAAAGUAUCUGUCAAUAAAAGACCAAAAAUCAGCAGAAUUCCUGACAAUUUCUCGCCAGAAAGGCAAGGGAGCCAUAUAUGCACUAAGUGUAACCAAUGGUUCAAUUCAGGCCAGGCUUUAGGUGGCCAUAUGAGGAAACAUUUUGACAGACAGAAGCGUCUAGCCAAAUUGAAAGCUCAUCAUUCUUCAAAGACGUUGAUGGGUUCUCAAGUUGAAUUGGGAGGAGAAAGAAAGAAUGGAGGAGCAGAGAGAAGGAAUGAAGAGAGAAUGGGGGCUAUGGAUCUUAAUGGGGUGAUGCCUAUUGAAGAUGAGGAUUUGAAAUUUGCUAUAAGUAUGUUGGAAGUGGUGCCUGCUUAUGCUGGUUAUGUGAGAUCUAGACUUUUCAUGAUCUCUGAGGCAUAAUUCAGGAGUUUGGGAAACCACAGAAAGAGGACUUUGGGGUCGUGGUUUGGAAGAGUAGAGAGCAUUCUUUGGGUAACAUUGCAGUGGUUUUGCCUGCAGAAUUUUUUUAGCACAGUUUAGUGGUUUUCUACUGGGAAAAUUAUUGUAUAGAGUGAUGAAUUUAUCAAUUGUUUUGGGAAAAAUCUCCAUUGCUCUUGAAAGUUAUUUAAGCUGACAAAUUGUUAAAUGUAAUUAAGUUUACGGAAUUGGAUCCACUUUGCCAUUGUUUUUUUCUUUCCGGUAUUUAGUUUGUGAAUUGUUUUGGCUUUUACAUAUGAAU